AUGUUGAAUACUGAGUAUCGCAGCAUCAUACUUGUUCAUGGCCUUCAAGGUCACCCAAAACGAACCUGGUUAUAUACGUCGAGGACCCAAGAUCAGCGGCGUGAUAGCUCGUCGCGGAAACGUUGGAAAGGAGCACUUGCUGAGCUUAUGAGUCCGAAAUCUGGUAGCUCCGCCCCCGUUGGCAAUGCGGGGCCAUCAGUCGCAUCAUCGUCUGUUGACGAUGGUGUGUAUUGGCCAGGGGAUUUGCUCCCGCCAGACUGCCCGAAUGCAAGAAUCAUGGUGUGGGGUUACGAUACAGUUAUCAGCAAAGGCUAUGCACCAACCGACAAGUCCAGUUUGUUUGGACAUGCGAAAAACCUCCUUUAUGCCCUCAACCGAAUAAGACCUCAAGACCGAAAGAUCGUGUUCGUCGCGCAUUCACUGGGAGGCUUAAUCGUCAAAGAAAUGUUGCGACGAUCGCAGGCCGACGAAGAUUCGCACAUUCAGAAUAUCAUCCAGUCGACAGCAGCUGUGAUAUUCCUAGGCACACCGCAUAGAGGUAGUCAUGAAUUUGCACGACUUGGAGACAUGGUCAGAAAGGUCGCCAGCACCAUCCUGAGAGUGGACAGUAACGAGACAAUUAUUCGAGCUCUGGGCCUUGAUUCACCAGAGCUAGAACUCUCCCGGGAGUCAUUUCUCCAACAAUGGCGCACAUAUGGGUUUCUGGUCAAAACCUUUCAGGAAAGCCAAGCCUUGUCGGUGCCGGAUACAUCGUCGUUACUCGAUGACCCCCGAGAGCAUGCAGAAGUUAUACAUGCAGACCAUCGAAACAUGACCAAAUUCAGCGGGCGAGAUGAUCCAAAUUACCUCAAGGAGUGUUUGGGCAGUCUCUACUAUGAAGCAAUGUUUAGCAGACAACGGACGAUCAAGAAUGCCAUACCAAAAACAUGCGAGUGGUUUUACCAUUCCAGUGUUUUCCAAACUUGGUACUCGAGAAAGAGAGCUUCAACCGACCGCGGGCUUCUGUGGUUGAAAGGAAAGCCAGGAGCCGGAAAAUCCACGGUGAUGAAAUACGCACUUGCUCAGCUGGAAUGUCUUGAGGGGAGUCGCAGCAAUGUUGCGAGCUUCUACUUCAAUGCUCGUGGGAAUGCCAUGGAAAAGUCGCCUCUUGGUCUCCUUCGGUCAGUCCUCCACCAACUAUGCCUCCAGGACUGCCAAAUCUUGGCCACAUUCUCCCAGACCUACCAGAGAAGGCAGAGUUGCGAUGGUGGCAGUUAUCUUCCAUGGUCAGGGCUGGAGCUGGAGAGCUUUUUUGAGAAAGCAUUCAAAGAAAGCAGUACCCGGCGCACGUUCAUCUUCAUUGAUGCUCUUGAUGAGUGCAGCGAAGAAAGCGUACGCGAAGCCGUCUACUUCAUUGAUCGGCUUGCACAAACCGCAUUGGAAGGCGAAGUCUUGCUCAACAUCUGCCUCUCAAGCAGACAUUAUCCGGCCAUCAGGAUUCUCAACUGCCCAGAAGUCGUUGUCGAGGCACACAAUGACUCUGAUAUCUCAACAUACAUCCGAGACAAGUUGCGUUUUAUCCCCGCUAGCGAGAGAAACGAAGCACAUGCGAUUCAAGCGUUCCUGGAGGAAAUGGCGUCAGGUGUUUUUCUCUGGGUCGUUUUGGUGGUGGAGCUUGUUGUGCGAGAUAUCAAUUCCGGGCAACCCAUGAGCAAAGUGGCCAAGAGAGUGAAGGGUGUACCGAAAGACAUGGAGGACUUAUACCACCAACUCUUCCGCAGCCUCACCCCUGACGAGCUUACAUUCUCCGUGCCCCUCAUUCAAUGGGUACUACUUCAUAAGGACUACUUGCCACGAACCGGAAACGGUCACUCUUCAGACGCCCCUCCCAAGAUUCCCAGAACCCGAGCUGAGGGAGGAAUUCGAUUUCUUCAUCUGGCGGUCCGAUUGUCCAGCAUCAGCGGAGCUCCAACCAGGCAAAAUUUGUCAGAUUGGGGAUACAUUCACCCUGCCGCUCCGCCACCUACAGAUCGAAUCCUCAGGCUUAUCAACAGCACGUCGCGCGGUUUGAUUGAGUACAAUGCCGACGGCCGUGUACAGUUUGUUCACGAAACAGUCAGGGAGUUCUUCCUUACAGGCCCGGGCUUCGGACUGCUUGACAGCUCGCUGCAGCAAAACCCCCUAGGCCGUGGAUAUAUGGCGCUUGUCACAGGUUGCCUCAACGCACUCGACCUGCCUGAACACUCUGAGCUCACCACCACAGUCAAAAUAAUUCACCUACACACUCUCUGGGCUCUUGAUGAUUAUUUUAAGGGUGUUGAGAUGUAUCAGGCGUGGAAUCCACGGCUCCUCGACAGGCUCCAGCAUCCGCAGUCCAACGCAUGGAGAAGAAUGCGCAGGAACGAAGAGACUGUCCUGGGCUACAUGAUUCGAAAUCGUCUUGCUACGGGUGUUCUUGCCUUAUUGGAGAGAGGCGUGCACCCUGAUGACGUGGGAGGUGCUCCCAGUCCCACAGGGGGUCUGAUAACAGCAUUUGACAGGAGCGCGGCGCAUGAUUCAUUGUUGUUGGACGAACUCUUACAGUCCGGCGCCGAUCUUGAGCGCCAGAACGAGACCGUCGACGGUGGAUGCUUGGCUACCUUGGAGAGAGACGGUGUCGAAAUGAUUGAUCGCUUGGUGGUUCACCUCGUGAAGUCGUACGGGGACGGGGCUUUGCAAACGGCCAUCGACAAUUUGAAGACGAUGAAAGAGUUCUGGCCUUACUAUGACGCCCUCUUGAUGAAACUGACGGCACGUGCUGCCGAGAUCAACGCCCUUCCUACACAGCAUACAACGCUCUUCAGGGACCCCAAAACACAUCGAGACAGUGCUGGGCACUGCGACCAUGGCGGUUACCCUCAAGCCUGUGUAGAUGGACCGCAGGGUUUGGCAGAGUCUUCCCUUGACGAAGUACUUGAAACAGUGUGUGACCAUCUUCUCCGUCAUGGAGCCGACCCGAAUCUUCGAGACAAAGACCAAAGAACACCCCUUCAUCAUGCAGUCAUGAACUUAUACCCGAGAGCUGCGGCCCGCAUCAUCGCAGGUGGGGUUGAUGUGAACGCUGUCGGUUCCAAUGGAUGGAACGCCUUGCAUUAUGCCGCCUUUUAUUUCAGUCGAGGUGAUCAAGACGCACAGUUGAGCGGGGAAAUGGCCAAGUUGCUCACGAACUCGGGUUGUUCACGGAAUACACUGAACAAUGAUAACAAAACCCCUAUGGAUCUUGCAAUUUCUAUUCCCAGAGUAUAUGGCUUCCCUUCUGUACAACCAUGGCAUGGACCGAACCGGUUGUCCGAAGAAGAGCUAGGGCUAUUAUUUGGCGACCCAAACAACAACCCUCGGUCUGCAUAA